UCCCCAGCUGUUCACUUCCAUUGGAUCAACCGAAGUUCUAGGAACAUUGUUUGUUUGUUCUUGACUUCUUGUUUGCUCCUUUCUGUCUCUCUCACUACUUUUCUUCCAAAUUCCCAACCAAAUCAAUGUCUUUUCUUUUCUUUCUUCCUUCUCCUCCUCCUCCUUCCACCAAAGUAAACUAAACCCAGUCACUCACUUGAAUCUUUCUCUCCAGUUUUGUAAUGGUUGUUGUCCAAGGUUCCAAGGUAACCCUCCCAACCCCUUGUUCCCUCUCUUCCCCUCUUCACACAACCUCCAUCCUCUUUGAACCCACUUCACUCUCUCUUGCCCUCACUCACUCUGACUCUUCCCUUUCCCUCUACCCUUCCUUCUCACCUUCUUCUUCUUCUUCUUCUCUUCCAAUCCCACAAACCCUAAUUCCACCCCCUUCUUCCUCCUCCACCUUCCUCCUCCUUCAAUCCUCCACAAACCCUAACCCCUCCGUGCUCUUCCUCGUCUCCUCCCCUCACCGCGCCGGCUCCCAGAUCCUCCUCCGCUUCUACCUCCUCAACCCAAAAACCAACGCUUUCGCCGCCGUGCCGCGUGUUCUAUGCUCCCAGAGGGACCUCCGCUUCGAGUCCAAAUUGGGGGUCUUGCUCGAUGCCAAGCAUGGGGCUUCUCUCAAGCUCGCCGGCUCCGUCAAUUACUUUGCCCUGUACUCUGUUUCCUGCUCCAAGGUUUGGGUCUUUGCGGUCAAAAUGAUGAUGGGUCAUGAUCAUGAAGAUGGUAUCAAGUUGAUGAGGUGUGCUGUGAUCCGGUGCUCCAGGCCUGUUUGGUCCCUGAGCAUUUCGUUUGGUUUCUUGCUUCUCGGUGAAGAAAACGGGGUUAGGAUUUUCGCCCUGAGAAGGCUGGUGGCUGCUAAGAGAGUUGGGAAUUCGAGUUUGAAGAAUUUGAGUUCGAAGCAGCAGCAGCUUCCUAAUGGUGUUGUGGGUCGUGAUCGGCAUGGAGGUAGGGAUCGACGCCAUGGUGAAGGGGUUUUGGAGGCGACUUGCAAUGGUGAUACGGAGGCGAAAGUUGAAAAACAUGGUGUUGCUGUAAAGCAGACAAAUGUUAAAUUUAAACAUGACCAAAAUGAUGGAGGUGCAUGUUUUGUGGCAUUGAAGGGAAAUGAGAUUGAAACAAAAUCCAUUGCAAAGGUAUCCAUGUCCGUAAAGGCUAUUUCCAUUCAGGCUCUGACCCAGAGGAUGUUUCUGAUCUUGGACUCACUUGGAGAUUUACAUCUGCUACGCCUGUCAAAUUUUGGCAUAGGAGUAGAUAUCACUGGUCAUGUGUGGCAACUGCCUCAUGUUAUGAAAGUGCAAAGUCUGACAGUUCUUCCUGAUGUAUCCACAGUACCCCAGACUGCCUGGAUAUCAGAUGGAUGCCAUUCUGUCCAUAUGUUCAGUACGGCGGACAUGGAAAAUGCUUUAAAUGAAGCAGAUGCAAAUAAUGAUGACCAAAAGCUUAUGCAUCUACCAGUUAUUCGAGUUCUUUUCUCAACUGAGAAGAUCCAGGAUAUCAUUUCUAUAGCUGCCAAUUCUGUUCUGAUUCUUGGACAAGGAAGCUUAUAUGCAUAUGCAAUUUCCUGAAGUUGCUUCGAUUUUUUAUCCUUUUCAUCUGGAAAUCAAUAUUCCUGGCUCCCUUGACAUUCUAAUGUAUGCUUGUAUGGUUCGUGCUGGAUAAAUUCUAUCUUUCAUAUCAGGUGCUCUGGUUGCCUCACCAUAGAAUGCAUCCCUAAGAUACUGGAGAUCUUGAAAGGUUAAUAGGAUCAUGGGGCUGGUUAAGUAUCUGUGCUGUUCCAAAAUUCUGGUGCUGCGGCGGUUAUCCACUGAUCAAAGCAAGCUUUCCUGCAAAACCUAUCACAUCAAACUGCAAGACUACAUGCCUCCAACAAAAAUAUUGGCUGUUCAUCCCUACUUGUUUGAUGCCCAUCUGACAAUCAUGGUUUUCUGCCAGGGAACUGAGCAGGGUUGAUAGAAAAGGCAUAUGAUCUUUGCUUCGCUUGUUGGAAUAGUGUCUAUGUGAUUGCAAUUUUCUGUUUCAAGCUUUGUUAUAUCCAUGGUCCUAUUAUGAAAUGUAUUUUCUGCAGUGAGAGGCUUAUCUGUUAUUGAAGCAGAAGAACAACUUGCGUUGAUCUCUAUUAUGUUUUGUUUGUCUGAACUUCACAAUCCUGAUACUUUUGAUGCUUUAAUUGUUAAUUUUGAUUAAUUUAUGCUUUAUUCCUAAGCCUGUAUGAAUUAUUUGGCUUAGGCAAGUAUCAUUCAUAA